AUGUUGGGCGUCAGUCAGCCGAGCAAUCCUCCAUCAAGUUUGCGGCACUCGGCAAGUUUCUCCUGUCUCCAACGAACCUCAGGCGACGGAGGGCACCGUGCAAGAACAUCAACCCUUCCUCAACAACCAAAUUUACAGCUAUCGACAGCACAGCAUUACGGUGGCCCAAGUUCCCUUCAGCAGUCGUCAUCGAGGCAAGUGGAGAUCGAUUGUCUUCCUGAGAGUAAUGACUACGGAUUCGUAAGAACCCGACCUAGAUUACGUAGCACAAAUUCAACAGUUCUCCGAGAGGAGCAGGAGCGUCAUUGCCAGCAGAAAUUCUAUGACUCCGAAUGCGUGUACUCUCAAUCCUCGAAGAUUAAGGAUCGAGAAUUACUGGAGGCAUCGAAGAACCGAGAGAUCGUGAAGAAUCCGAAUCCAUUACGUGGUGCAUUGAUUCUGUUCACAGCAUCAACGUCUUCCUGGUGGAAGGCGAAACAGAGGGAAGAGUUAUCAGCGGCGAAUUCAUUGAUGACCCCCUUGUCCUGUGGCUCGGAGACCAGCAGGAAGUGGUCAAACGGGUCCACUAUGACACCUCCAUCAUCCGAGAGGAAGUGGCUCCCUCUGACAUCAUCUGGAGCGCCAUCGAGUGAGCGCAAGUGGUCUUGUAAUUCGAUAGCCUCACAGGAGAAUGACAGGAAGUGGACAAGUGCAUCUGUGUCGCCAACCUCAAACAACCAGGACCGCAAGUGGAGGUCCUUGGGGGCAUUGCUGCGUACACCAGUGACUCAGGUAUCUCACGCGAGUCCCAGUACGUUUGGACAGAACAUGAGUGUCUCUUUGAUCGAGAAUGGUCAUGAUAAUCCACGGGAAUGCUCAACAGUUGGACCAUCUGGAAAGACCAUGAGGUACCCUCAGCCCACUUCGUACUCUGCGAGGGUAUCAAGAACGAGUAGGGACACCUACAGAGAGAGUGGUGACUUCUCUCAAAGGUCCAGUAAAGUCAGCAGACGACUCUAUCAGGAUUCCAAUGAUCUCUCUGAGAGUGAGGAUCAGAAGAGAAGGACAAGACACUCUGAGGAAGACAGCAGGGACAAGCUCAAGGGCCAAACAAUUGAGGCACGUGCAACAUCAACUAGAUCAGGAAGGGCACAGAGUUUUUACCUUCUCGAUGACUUCCUCAAGCCCCAGCCACAAUCAACAAAGUGUUCAAUGAACUUUCAUCUACCUUCAUUCUACAAAACCGAAAGGAAUGCAAGAUUGAGUGAAACUAAACCAGUUAGCGUUAGAAAUCCAACAAAUAUAACACCACCACGUCGUCACAAUUCAAGUUCAGACAGUCUUGAAGUUGCAACGAGUCCAUUACCACCACCAGUACCACCGCCACCACCGCCUGAGGCAACUGGAAUCAAUGGUAUCAGUGGUACCAAGGAGAGGGAGAGACUUGAUACUGGAAGGGAGAAGGAGGGAUGUCCCUGCAAAAUGUGCUGGGCUAAUCUUCAGCAGAGAUCAUUUCGCGAUGAGGUGAGUAGGAGAUCGAAAGAACGGGCGUCCAUUCACCAAGAUAAGGGGAGGAGUCCUGGAACGCUACACAAGGAUGUCAAUGGCGGUGGGACGAAGGUCAGUGGAAAGCCUGUUGGAGGGGUGGGAUCAGCUACCCUGACUGCUCUCUCAUCCAUCAACAAUACGACUAAUGGGAAUAGGAGUAAAAAUCCUGCAUCGCACGAGAAGCUACCGUCAUUAGGCAGCAAUAAACCGUCGCGAGAUGGGACAGACAACAAUGCUAAUAAUUCAACGUCGAAUAAUAUUCACAAUAUGCCCCUGCACGAUCCACUCAACACAAGUGUUCAUACGGAUGCUUACGGACGUAGAUUGCCCAUGACACCGCAAGAAGCUACCAAGUACUAUGGAUCACGGUUAACCGAGUACGAACGUACGGAGAUUGAAAAAUACUCGGAGAUCUGGUACUUGGGACUGUCGGUGUGUAAAAUACACGCUGAAGAGGGAUCUGAGAACAGUGGUUACGACGAUGACACCGGUAGCUACCACAAAAUUCCCCACGAUCACAUUUCCUACAGAUACGAGAUACUUGAGGUAAUUGGUAAGGGCAGCUUUGGUCAGGUAAUUAGGGCACUGGACCACAAGACUGGACAGCACAUUGCCAUCAAGAUUAUCAGAAACAAGAAGAGAUUUCAUCAUCAGGCACUCAUUGAAGUCAGAAUUCUAGAUCAUUUGAGGAAGAAGGAUUUGGAAGUUGACUCACAACACAAUGUUAUACACAUGCUCGAGUACUUCUACUUCAGAAAUCAUUUGUGUAUUAGUUUUGAACUCAUGAGUUUCAACCUCUACGAACUGAUAAAGAAGAACAACUACCAGGGCUUCAGCCUGAGUCUGAUCCGUCGAUUGGCGAAUUCCCUGAUAAACUGUCUCCGACUGUUGCACCGUGAGAAAAUAAUCCACUGUGACUUGAAGCCGGAGAAUAUUCUCUUGAAGCAACGUGGUAGCAGUGCAAUUAAAGUCAUAGACUUUGGCUCCUCCUGCUACAGUCAUCAGCGAGUCUACACAUACAUACAAUCGAGAUUUUACAGAAGUCCUGAAGUAAUUCUUGGUUUGCCAUAUGGUACACCCAUUGACAUGUGGAGUCUCGGUUGUAUAUUGGCUGAAUUAUACACCGGAUAUCCACUGUUUCCUGGUGAAAAUGAGAUUGAACAACUUGCAUGCAUAAUGGAGGUACUUGGACCACCACCAGAGUCACUCAUCACCCUGGCAACACGACGCAGAUUAUUUUUCGAUUCCAAGGGAAAUCCGAGGUGUAUAGUCAACAGUAAGGGCAGAAAACGAAGGCCUGGCAAUAAAAAUGUGGCCAUUGCACUUCGUUGUAAUGACACACUGUUUGUUGAUUUUGUUAGCAGAUGUCUUGAAUGGGACUCUAAAAAACGAAUGACACCAGACGAAGCAAUGCGCCACGAGUGGCUGAACACGUCCUCCUCUCACGCCUCAUCAAUGGCCUCCUCAAUAGUAUCGUCAAUGAUAACCUCAGCAGUUGAUCCAACGAAUCAAACGAGUCACACCCAAUCAGUUAAUGUUACAUCUUCACGUCCACGUGCAACAACACUCGAGGAUCCCCAGCAACAAUACAGCCUCUAUCGUCUCUAUCGGGGUCGUAAAUGCGUAUCAAAGAUAACUGCCAUUGACAGCACUGAGAAUGGCACAAUGGUGGUUAAAGGUAAAUUAAAUGGUAGUGCAAGUAGUCACGCAUUGGCAUCUGGUACACAGCCAGCAGCAUCGAGGCACGCGUCAACCGGUGAUAUUGUCGCAUCUCUCGAUCCAAAUCUCGAUGACUCUGGGACAUUUUUGCCUCCCAUAUUGUGAGCUAAGGCCACAAAGUCCAGUGUCAGCCACUUUUGAACAUGACUCAUGUCCUUUCCCUCCCCUUUUUUUCGAUAAAACACGAUUGAACGCGUCAUUAUCAUCCAUAAACGAUCAUGUUCGUAUCGGGACCACGGUGAACCCCAAAUGUUCAAGAGGUCCGACAAUAAAAAAACAUUAUUACCACGAAAUAACAUCGAGCGCGAUAACCACCAAAUGGCGUACGACCUCGACAAAAUGGCAGUCUCAUAGUUGGAGGGAAUUAACCGAAGCCAAAAUGAGAUUAUGAGUGAGUGAUUAUUGAAAGUAAUGUCUUGAUUGAUGUGAAAUGCCUAAUGCCAAGCUCUAGUGACCAAAGGGCUAUCAGAGAGUGAAGUUUAUUGAAUAAAUGAUGCAAUUGAGUUGACGAUUUAAUUAAGACUGCUAGGUGAAACAACUAUGGAAAAUAAUAAUUGUGAGGUAACGAGGAAAUACUUGAAUCAUGUUGUUCCUUCGUUAGGUGUCAAAUAAUUGAGGUAAUGAAUCCCAGCAAUAUCAAGGCACGCGUCAACUGGUGAUAUUGCCGCAUUUCUCGAUUCAAAUCUCGGUGACUCUGGGACAUUUUUGCCCCCCAUACUGUGAGCUAGAGGUCACAAAGUUCAGUGUCAGCCACUUUUAAACAUGACUCGUGUCCUUUCCCUCCCCUUUUUUUUUUCGAUAAAACACGAUUGCACGCGUCAUUAUCAUCCAUAAACGAUCAUGUUCGUAUCGGGACCACGGUGAAUCCCAAAUGUUCAAGAGGUCCGACAAUAAAAAAAAAUUAUUAUCACGAAAUAACAUCGAGCGUGAUGACCACCAAAUGGCGUACGACCUCGACAAAAUGGCGGACUCAUAGUUGGAGGGGAUUAAUCGAGGCCAAAAUGAGAUUAUGAAUGAGUGAUUAUUGAAAGUAAUGUCUUGAUUGACGUGAAAUGCCUAAUGCCAAGCUCUAGUGACCAAAGGGCUACCAGAGAGUGAAGUUUAUUGAAUAAAUAAUGCAAUUGCGUUGACGAUUUAAUUAAGACUGCUAGGAGAAACAACUACAGAAAAUCAUAAUUGUGAAGUGACGAGGGAAUACUUGAAUCAUGUUGUCCCUUCGUUAGGUGUAAAAUCAUUGAGUUAAUGAAUAAUACGAAAAUCAACUCGUGUCAUUUUUAUCGAGAUACAAUAUUUCGGGGGAUGAGAGAUGACGUGUGUGUGCCCCAGUUACACAAGGCCUGAGUAGUCUUAUUGUGAUAUUAAACUACCACUGUCUUACUUAGAUCUCCGAUAAUAAGAAUUAACAAUUAAUCGUAAUUAAUGAAUUAUUUGAUUUAUCUCCGCUAUUAACUUUCUACAAUUGUUAUAUUUUGUCAUUCAGUCACUCGUGUUUGACGCAACAAUUGCGGUUGUUGAAUCGAAUAACAGGAGUUAUGAAGGUGAACCAUCUGAUGAUUAAUGUCGCAUUUGUUGAAUAUAUAGAGAUGAAAUUAAAUUAAUAAUCACGUGCAUAUGAAAUUCAAUUGAUUUGAUAGUUUCAUUGUUUCUAAAUUAAUUGAGCAAUCAUUGUCAAUUAUUUUUCUACAUUAAAUAAUUAUAAAUUAUCACAGUCACUGCCUGCCAACAUUGUAGUGCUCGGUUAUUUUUUCUUCUUCAUAGUAAAAUUUAAAAUUAAUAUUUUGUUUUUGUCAUUAAAUAAAAAGUCUGCGAGUCUUUAAAUUAUUUGCAUGACUUUGUGUUACUUAUGUGUCUCGAUAUGCAUUUGUUUUUCGUUUUUUAAUUAAAACUGCACGGCGCAACUUAGAACAAUUGAGGGAAUUAGAUGAUGUCGAAAGACAGCGUGACAAGACUGAAAAAAAAUGUUGCGAUUUAAUAAGAAAAAAAAAUCAUGGAGAAUCAUCAAGGGCCAAUUGAAUUAUGAUUAAUAAAUGUGACUUAUGAGAUUGAAAUCAUCUGUCAUUUGAUUAUUAUGGGAUACUUAUUGAAAUUGUCAUCUCCAUAUCGUUGAAUAACAGAUGAUGAGAGGUAUAUUCGAUACAUAAUAACCGCUAUUUCGAAAUAAUCGAUCAUUCGAAAUUGACUGACAUAAAGUAAUUCUAGUUUAAUUUAAAAAAACAAAACAAAAAAAUGAGGAAAGAACGAACGAUAAAUUCUCAAAUAGUUGCUGAAAAUCAUCCUUUAUUUCUCCCCAUGUGACAACUCAUCUCAUUCUAGUUGAUAAAUUAAUAAAGUAAAUGAAAUACAUGUAGUGAAGUUAUAUUUAACUGUAAGAGUACGAUUAGACGUAAGAGACGUGUUUACAAUGAAACGAAAUAUCAAAAACAGAGGGAAAAUACUAAAAAAAAAAAAUGAUAAUGAAAAUGAUGUGUAAAAAAAAUAUACGGAAUCAGUAAUAAUUGACGAGUUUAACAUGGCAGUGAUUUGGUAGAAAGAGUAGAAUGAGAAUAUAAUGGACCCAUGCGAUAUAUCGUAUGCGUAGAUGUGUAAAAAUCACAAUAGGUCAAAUAAAACGAAUAAAUAACUUCAUUGAGCGAAUAGGCAGAUACUCUCUCGUGUGUACAGUUUUACGUUUUUAGGUGUGUUCAAUUAUAUACGGCGGGAACAAAUGUAUGUGUACAGGAAGUUUAACACGAAAAUUGAAAAAAAAAAUGUGUCUACGUAUGUCUUAAAGGACUUCUUACCUAUUUGCAUUACUGUAUUCAUUACUCAAUACCCUAAGGAAAAUUUCAGAGAAUCGCUUUUUAUGGAGAUAAGGAAACUAUUGUGAGGGAAUUUCGCACGAGAAAUCGUUGGAUUGAAUGUUUGAAAAUUCUGUUUAUUGAUGGCUAGUCACAUUUUGAUGGUGAAAUAUUGAAAACAUUUCACAGUUGAGGGGAUUAAUGGAUAAUUUGACUUUAAUUUCAUUUUUUAAGGCGAUAAAAAUGAUUUUUAACACAAUUUGCAUGUUUUAUUCAAUUUAUCAUCUAACGUUUAGUUGAAAAAUAUUUUAAUCCCCUCAAUUGUUGAUUUCUCCCGCUCUCGUAGACAUAUUAAUUGAUAUGGAUUUCGAUUAGCUAGAGUAAUACCUCCUCAUCUCGACCUGUAAAUGCCCAUCUUUCGAUAAACGAAGAAACGAAAUGAAAUUCUAAAUGAAACGAAAUCCAAUGAAAACCCAUUAGACGCCUAAUAGGACAAUCAAAUGCGCGAUCUAGCGUUCUAUCAUCGGAGAUCAUUAGGUUUAAGAUCAUCAUUGAUUUUUAGGGUGAGUGGGGAGCAGAAUACAUUUUUUCACAUCAAUCGCAAAUUUUAUACAAAAGAAAAAUCGAAAAAAACUGCUGCUUCCUCAAUUCUGUUUAAAUUGUCGUAAAGACCAAAAUUUUUAUCCUCUAGAGGUGAAAAAUCGCUUGUCCUCCAAUGAAAAAUCCAAAAACUUCAAGGUGCAAUGGCUCCCGAUAGAAAAAAAACACCAUUAUCAUCUCAUAAAUGUGCGAAUGAAGGGUAUGUUUGUAGAAUAAAAUUUAAAAAAUCAGAUAACUGAAGCAAAAAUGCAAAAGCAGAACUAGAGAGAAAUAAAUAAAUUGUGAUUUGCAAUGCUGAAAAUUCGUGAGGAGACGAAAAUCUGUGUAUAAUAAACGUUAGAUGAAUGGUCCGUCAAUUUUUCACCCCUGACAUUGAAUGUUUAACUCGAAAAAAAAAAAGAAUCUGAAGAAUUGACGUAUUAAUUGAAUAAUGUCUACGUAUUAGUGUAUAAAGUUUACGAUAACUAAAGAAAUGAGAACAAUUUUUUUUUGUAUCAUUUGUUCGUUUGUUUUAUUAUCUUACUGCGUUUGUCUUUCAUUAAUCUGUGUAAUAAAUGAGGUGAUGCAAGCUGAAAGAUUUGCUACAGUGCAGAAUAUAAAUGAUAAUUAAACAGAACAAGAACAGUGUAUACAAAAUAUCUAAAUGAAAUUGACAAUUGUGAGCGAUUGAAGUAGCCCACUGGAAUUGGAAAGAUAUUAUGCCACUUGAUAUCAUUUCCUGUUUUCAAAUUAUAAUAAAAUUAAGUCCAAGUA